GAAGGCCCCGCUGUGGCAGCGACGCGCGCGAGUAGCACCACAUCGCCGGAGCGUGUGUGUGCGUGCGUGCGCGUUGUGCUCGCUUGUACUCGCUCUGCUCCGCUCUACUCUGUACUUUUCUCUCCUCGACCGCGCGAGCGGGUACGAGGUGCUCGUCGUUCUCGCGAUCGUUCUCGCGAUCGUUCUCGUGGUCAGCGCGCGGUCAGCGUAAUCAGCGUCGAGCGUCUUCGCCAUCAGCGUCAGCGUCGUCGUCAGCCACCCCCGUUUCCUCGCGCGUGUUGCGCCGCGUCUCUCCGGCUGGCCUGCGCGCGUGCAUGGACGACACGCGCGCACAAGCCGACGAGGAUAUAGCCCUGGAUUCGUCCCGUUUGCGCUCGUCCGCUCGGCUCGGCUUCGCGAGCAACGCCGCCGCCGCCGCCGCCGCUGUCACUGCCACAGCCGCCACCGUCACCACUACCACCACCUCCACCUCCGCAUCGGUCGCCGCCGCCACCUGCCGCGUCGCGAGGCGCAAGAGAAAGAAGAGGAGGCGUCAGCGACUUGCUACGAGCAACGACGACGUACCCAGCGUCGCCGUCGCGGUCGCCUCCCGCAGCAGCAGCGCUACCACGCCGUGUAGCAACGCCGCCGUAAUCGAGGGUACCGCUGCCGACGCCGUCGUCGUCCUCGAGCCUGACGCUGACGCCGCCGGCGCCGCCGGCGCCGCAGUCACCGCCGCGGAGACAGACUCAGCGGCGGCGCGGGUCGAUAAACCGAGGAGCCGCCUCCUCGUCGAACAGCACACCGCCAGCGGGCAGGCCCAGCCGCGCGUCGGAGGAAGCGGCGCACGUGCGGCCGCCUCCUCCGUCGGCACCGCCGGCACCGUCACGCUUCUCAAUCGACGCGCCGGCAAACGCUCGCCCCGGCGAUGCAACGCCGCCGGCGGUCGUAGGAGCGCGAUGACGAUGGACCUUCAGCGAUUGAUCAACGAGGUACAUGCAAGACCCGCAAUUUGGGACCAGAAGAAUGUCAACUACCACAAUCGUGACGUCAUACUGAAAAUGUGGCGGGAGAUUGCGAGGGCUUGCGAGGUGUCGACGGAUGUCGCCAAGUCCAAGUGGAAGCACCUACGCGAUAACUUCCGGAACGAGUUGAAGAAGACCUACCGGGGUAAAUGCGACGGCGGUAACGGCACCGAGCACGAUUCCAAGUGGGUCUGGUUCAAGAGCCUGUUCUUUCUACGGGACCAAAUGAAUUCCAGGGUGAUCGGCUGCGCCUUAUCGCAGAAUUGUGUCGGUAUGCGCUCGUCACCGGAUGGCACACAAAUCGAACCGCAAAUCGACAUCCUUGAAGGUCACGAAGAGACACAAUUUGACGACGUGGACGGCGACUCGUGCCAGUCUUUGCUGUCCAACGACGAUGGUCUGCAUCAAGUAAUGCCGCCGCCUAAAAUGAACAAGAUGAUCGGUCGUAAACGAGCGUUGAUGGAUGCGAUUGACAAUGAUUACGCGGACACCGACCGAAAGCGAUACGAGUCACUGCAAAAGAGAUUGGCACUCGGAUCGGAGGACGAGGACGAUACCUAUCAUUUCCUCAUGAGCGUGCGAAAUCCAUUGAGAAGUUUGCCACUCGACAGACAGAUGUUCGUCCGGCUCAAGAUUCAAGAGCUAGUCUAUAAUGAGAUCAACUCACAGAAUCAGCAGCAGCAGCAGCAGCAAACGGCGAGUAACCGCGGUGUGGUCUAUGAUGCGUCCUCGCAGAGCCAAGAUGUGAAGCCACCGCGUGCUGGUAACAGUGGCAAUGGCGUCGUCAGUGGAGACGUCGUCAACGAAAUGUCAAAUCCAGCAUCAUUGUUGCAGAACUGCACGACCGAGGGCUCCGACGAGGGCGCCUUCUUUGGUUGACGAGUGUCCGCCGUAGUUUAACCCGCGCGUGCUUAUAUAGGCUGUAAGAAGUUAUAAUUUUAAUAGAGAAUAAACGACGGUAUUUUUUCAGUAA